AUGGCGCCCACCGGACUUCAAGCCACGGCACGCAACACCCUGAGGACCAUCGGACGCCUCUUGAUUCUCGCCAUCAUCGCGCGGGCCGUCAAAUACAUCUGGCUCACAACACGACACAUCCUCCUGGGCACCCUCCUCUACGGAGUCUUUGGCGUCAGACUUACCGAGCACCCACGUGAUGCACUCGAUACCUUUGCGAAUGUUCUUCUCGAGCUGCCAUUCCAGAAGAUCGUUAUGGCAUGCCUCAUCAUUUUGGUUUCGGCACCCGAUCGUCACAGCUGGACUUGGGAGGAUAUCCGCACUGACUUCGAACUUGAACUCUAUCUUGGAAUGCCGAAGGCAACGCUGCUGCUGCCGUUUUGGCUCUGGAGUUUUGGCGGCAUACUUCGGCAGCAAAGCAUCAGGCGGGUCUCCGCAGCUGGGACCAUCACCAUUGCCCAUUUUCGCGUGGGCGUGGAUGGAAUUCAAUCUCUGGCUCAUGGCGGAUGCGAUCGCGGCGGGACACGGGCUGUGGAGCGGGCUGUGGAGUUCAGGCGGUCAUGCGAAGCACAAAGAGCACACGGAUUGAUGCGAACUCAUGACAACGGCCUUUAA